CAUAUAUGUGCAUACUAGACUACUAGUAGUACACACAUUAACAUCCUACUCGACAUAGUAGUACUAGUAUACGUAGUAUGUGGGAGAGAGGAGCCCAACGGCGCGGGCGGAGAGUUGAAGAACGACGCUGUAUCAAGUGUCUACGACAUGGCGGGGGACGACAAAGAGAGGAUGGUGUACAACACCUUGUCUACCGCUUUAUCCCGACGGAAACGAAUAAACAAAAGAUAUUCCAAACUUAGGUGGUUGUUCCUACUCGACGAGACCACAAUUUACAAUAUUCACGAUACAUUCAAAUGCAAACGUCGCAAGGACGGAAAACAAGUUUUCAAGUCACCUGCAUUGUCGUACGGAGAUGUGCAAGCACGCACUGAGUCUGCCUUUUGGAAAUGGUAUGCAUACCCCCUCAUCGUCGUGUAUAAGAGUUUGACAGGGAAUUGCGGAGUAGACGACGAGGAUAUGAGAGGUAAUACGAAAAUGAGCAUGGCAAAGGUUCGAGACUAUGGCUUUCUUUACGGCGUUCUGUUCUGGGGACAUGAGAGUAUCCGAUUCUGCUCUCGAAAUCGAUCCUUAAAUGGUGACGGAGCGUACGGUCAGAAUGAGAACGAAGAACGAACAAUGAAAGGCACGGAGAUCGUGGAGUUCGAGCACAAGGUCUGGUGAUGAAGGAG